AUGGGAAUCUGCACGAUAAUAUGGAAGGAGCGCGGCAUCCUCGUGAAGAACGGCAGCCAGGCGCAGCACGCAACAGCAGCCCAUUUUUUUCACAGGAAUGCCAGCCAGGCAGUGUCAGGGAAACAGCACAGGGUGCCUUCCGGAAACUCCAGUUGGACUCUGCCAGGGCAAAAACCAGGUCUCCUUCAGAGAAACACUAGCCAGGCACAAAGGAAAAAGAGGCCUGAUUUCUCUGACAGAAACCCAAGCCAAGAACUGCCAGGGGAAAAGCAUGGCCUGCCCCACAGGAACACCAGCAGUGGGGUGGCCAGAAAAGAUCCCAGCUCUUCCCAUAAGAACUCCAGCCGGGCACUGAUAGAAGAAAAGCCCGAAAUUGCUUUUAGGAAUGUCAGUCACUUUCUAACAGAAGAAAAGCUCAGGGCUCCCCACAGGAACGCCAGUUGGGUGGUGCCAAGGAAAAGGCCAGGUGGUUGGCACAGGAAUGCCAGCACAGCUGAGUCUAACAAGGAGCCCAGGCCUCCCCACAGGAACAGCAGCUGGGCACUGCCCGGAAAACAGCCUAGAAAUGUCAGCCAGGCCCUGACAGGGACGAAGCGCGGCACUGUGCGCAAGAGCGGUCGCCAGUCAAAGGUGGGAAAUGCCCUCAUCAGCACCCCUUUUAAAAAUAGCACACAAAGAGAGGCUGUGAAGGAACAGACUGCCUCUCGCAAGAACGUCUCCAGGGCCGGGGCGGGCACACCAAAAUGGCGGCCUCUGGUGCCAAAGGAAAGAGACGAACCCCUCAUGCCCUCUCUGCCCCCAACUUGCCUGCUCUCUGAGCAUGCCAUUGCAUGUGGCAAUGCCCGCCUGAUGAAUGUGCCAAAGCUGAGUGAUCCUGCGCUCAAAACCCUCUACCUGGCAGAGAAUGAAAUCACCCAGGUCCCAGCUGGAAUCUUCUUGGAUCUGCCCAACCUGGAAUGGCUGGAUCUCAGCAAGAACAAACUGGAUUCCUCUGGCCUCCACCCGGAAGCUUUUAAGAAUCUGACCAAGCUGAAGCGUCUCAACCUGGACGGGAACCAGCUCACGGCAAUCCCGGCCUUGCCUUCCUCGCUGCAGGAACUGAAGCUGAACGACAACCGGCUGGAAGGGCUUCAGAGAAACAAUUUCCGAGGUGGGGUCCCUGCGCUGCCACCUCCCCCGCCCCCGCCCCUGCCACUGCCCCCGCCGCCACCACCGCUCCUGUUCCUCUCCAUCUCAGCGAACAGCGAACUGGGCAUCUUCCCUCUAAAGGGGCAGGAUAGUGCCUUCCUCCUCUUCCUCCUCCUCUUCCUCCUGCACUUGGAUCAGUGGCGGUAG